CUAGCUUAAAUUUCCCAGCUUCCCUUUCAAAAAUCCCAAAAUUACCCAUUCCGUUUAACUGAAUUCCCUAAUCUGGGUACCUAUUAUUUUGCACAAAAGACCAAAACUCUUUAAUUUUAGAAUUUUUUGGAAUUCUUUUUGUUGUUGUUGUUGUUGUGUUUGAAUGAUCAUGGGACUCACAGGUGAUUCCAAGGGGCAAUUGCUGAGUCAAGUAGCCGAGUUAGUGAAGGAGAUAUCUGGUUUACCAGAAUCCAGAAACUCGUGUAAAAAAAUGCAUGGGAAUUUGGUUCGUAGAAUCAAGUUGUUGAGCCCUUUGUUUGAAGAGUUGAGAGACGGAAAUGAGGAGUCGAUGAUUAAAAUUGAAGAGAUCAAAGGGUUUGAGCUACUUAAGGCUGCUUUGGAUUCUACUAAAGAGCUUCUUCAAUCUAUUAAUGGAGGAAGCAAGUUGUAUCGGGCCCUUCAAAUGGACCAGAUAGCAUAUAAGUUCCAAGAAAUAACGGAAGCCAUUGAAGCGGCUUUGAAUGAGAUUCCUUACAAUAAUCUCGAUAUAUCGGAGGAAGUCCAGGAGCAGAUUGAACUUGUUCAUACACAAUUCAGACGAGCAAAAGCGAGACCGGACUCACCUGAUUUGCAACUAGAACAUGAUUUAGCAGUAGCGCAGAAAGAAAAAGAUCCAGACCCUGCAGUUCUCAAAAGACUUUCAGAUAAGUUUCAUCUAAGGACAAUCAAUGAUCUAACGAAAGAGUCAGUCGCUUUCCACGAGCUGGUUAUUGCAAGUGGUGGAGAUCCGGGUAAGCGCUUCGAGGAGAUGGCAUCGUUGCUCAAGAAGCUUAAAGAUUAUGUUCUGACUGAAAACCCUGAAGCUGACACCUCCGAGGGUGAAAAAGGCUUGAUGAAACACAGGUCACCAGUUAUCCCGGAUGAUUUCCGGUGCCCGAUAUCUUUGGAGUUGAUGAAAGACCCUGUAAUUGUCUCCACUGGACAGACAUAUGAAAGAUCUUGUAUUCAGAAAUGGUUAGAUGCGGGGCACAAGACGUGUCCGAAAACACAGCAGACACUAUCGCACACUGCCCUUACGCCAAACUAUGUUUUAAAAAGUCUCAUAGCUUUGUGGUGCGAGAGCAACGGCAUAGAGCUUCCUAAGAACCAAGGAACGUGUAGAAGCAGUGCCUCAGACUGCGACCGUACUGCCAUCGUUGCUUUAUUGGAAAAACUGGCAAAUGGAAAUUCAGAACAACAAAGAGCAGCCGCCGGCGAACUCAGGUUAUUGGCAAAAAGAAAUGCAGAUAAUAGGGUGUGUAUCGCUGAGGCAGGAUCCAUACCGCUUCUUGUUGAAUUAUUGUCCUCCACAGAUCCUCGAACUCAGGAGCAUGCCGUGACGGCUCUUCUCAACCUUUCCAUUAAUGACAGCAACAAGGGUGGCAUCGUUAAUGCAGGAGCUAUACCCGAUAUAGUUGAUGUCUUAAAAAAUGGCAGCAUGGAGGCUAGAGAAAAUGCUGCCGCUACCCUUUUCAGUUUAUCUGUUAUAGAUGAGUACAAGGUAGCUAUCGGUGCCGCCGGUGCUAUUCCCGCCCUUAUAAAGCUUCUUUGUGAAGGGUCUCCGAGAGGAAAGAAAGAUGCUGCAACUGCCAUUUUCAAUCUCUCGAUCUUUCAGGGAAACAAGGUUAGGGCUGUUAGAGCUGGUAUCGUGCCGCCAUUGAUGAGACUACUGAAGGAUGCUGGAGGUGGGAUGGUGGAUGAAGCAUUGGCAAUUCUCGCCAUUCUUGCGAGCCAUCAAGAAGGGAAGGUCGCCAUCGGUCAGGCUGACCCUAUUCCCGUUUUACUGGAAGUCAUACGGACCGGUUCUCCACGUAACCGAGAGAAUGCCGCUGCCAUACUGUGGUCACUUUGCACCGGUAAUAUAGAGCAAUUAAAAACAGCCAAGGAACUCAGUGCUGAGGAGGCACUAAAGGACUUGUCGGAAAGUGGUACCGACAGAGCAAAGAGAAAAGCCGGAAGCAUCUUGGAACUUUUCCAACGACUUGAAGUGAAGGAAGACCCGGUUUCUUUGUGAAAUCCAUGCUAUAUAAUUUUUUGUUCAAACAGCUCGUACAUGGACAGAUGGAACUCGUUUUACCGGAGAUUUAACCAGCAGAAUAUUCGAAAGAGCAGCGAAAUUUGAACUCGUAGCUGCCUUGCUCAUCUGCAACUCUCCACAUAUUUAAACAAAAAGGCCGUUGCCAGCUGCUGAUUAUAUAAUUAUGGGGUUUGAUGAAGUUUAGGGUUUGUGGUAUAUAUAAAAUUACAUUUAGCAUGAAGGAUGGCCAGCGUUUAUUGUAAGAUGAUGAUUUGUUGUUAGAGAAACAGCUAUAUACUUGGGA